AUGGCCCGGCCACCGAACCUGCCCGACGCACCCCCGCAGCGGACCGUCCCCCGGACCGCGAGGGGACCGCGCAGCCGCUAUGUGGCGACGGAACACCCCGGCGGGCUGAGCGGCAUCCGGUACGUUCUCAAGCCCGCCGGAUACGGGCUCAUCGAGCGCAUGUCGGCCGGUGGCCGAAACCUCGCCAGCAUCGCCGCCGCCCUGGGCAUCUCGUGCGAGACCUUCCGCGACAUGCGCCGCCGCGACCCCGAGGCGCAGGAGGCCCUCGACCGGGGCCGCGCCGCGCUCGGCGACGAGCUGACCGACAUCCUGUUGGAGCACGCCCGCAAGGGCAUCACCGUCGCCGCCAUCUUCCUCGCCAAGGCUCGGUGCGGCUGGCGGGAGGGCGAGGGCAUGGAGGGCGCACGCACCGUCAACAACACGCAGAUCAACAUCCAGAUACCGGAGCGCAUGUCCGACGAGGAGUUCCGGGCGAUCAUCGAGGGACGGCACCGGGAGAUCGAGCAUGCGGUGCUUAGCUUCCGCGGACACUGCAACAUCCUGAACGCGGGCGGGCGCGGAUCGGGCAAGUCGUUCUCGAUGAUGCUCGACCUGCUCGACCACUGCCGGCUGCACGGCGCAGACGCGCGCCCGCUGGUCAUGCGGGAGAGCUGGGGCGGGCUGCUCGAACUCACGACCGAGGUUCUGGACCUCGCGUCCGCCGCCUUCGGGCGAUGCUCGCGCAACAAGGCCGAAGGCACAAUCUACCUGCCGACCGGCGGCGUCAUCACCUUCACCAACAUCGGCGACGAGAACAGCUACGCCCGCCAUCAGGGCCGCAGCUACACCGGCCUGUUCGCCGACGAGGUCGGCAACUACCCGCCGCAGGCGUUCGCCUUCCUCCAGCGCGUCCGGUCCAACCUCCGCGUCCCGAGUGGCCGCCGGGUGGACAUCCACCUAACCGCCAACCCGCACGGUCGCAGCCACACGGUGCUGUUCAAGAACUUCAUCUCGAAGGCUCCGCCGUGGCAUCCGUUUCAAGACAACGUCGGCGACUGGUGGAUCUGGACCACCAGCACCUUGGAGGACAAUCCAUACAUCGACCGCGUCGCCUACCGCCGCCAGCUUGUCGCCAGCACGGGCACCGACCAGGCUCUUGCCGACGCCUGGAUCAACGGCGACUGGUCGGUGCUGGGCGGCGUCAUGUUCGACGUGUUCGACCCGGCGGUGCACAUCAUCCGCGACCCGGCCCACGCCAGCAUGCGGCUGCGCUGCGGCGGCGACUGGGGAACGGCUGCCCCGGCGACCUGCAUCCUUCUGGGCCAGCUCAAGAGCGAUGUCGGCCCGUACCGCUACGGCAGCAUCAUCGCCCUGGACGAGACCGACACCGCCGACCCCAGCGACCUCUCCUUGGGCAACGGCGCGCCGCCGCAGGCAUUCGCCGAGAUGGUCCGCGAGAUGUCCGCCCGGCACGGCUGGCGCAACCCGCAUGUCGUCAUGGACGACGCGCGCGGCCUGCAAUCGGACACCGUCAUCCAGCUCCUGCGCGAGAACGGCAUCGGCGCGCACAAGCCGAUCAAGAAGGACCGCGUCGGGCAGUGGUCCCUCAUCCGCAGCCUGCUCAGCAAUGCGGUCACGGGCGACGGCCCCGGCCUCUACUUCACCAACCGCUGCCCGCACCUUCUCGAAACCUUGCCGGAGGCCCCGCGCGGCACGCUCCGGCCGGAGGACAUAGACCCGAAGUGGCCGCGCGACCACUGGCUGGACGCCCUCGCCUAUGGCGUCCGAGACCUCUGGGGCAAUCGCGCCACGACGGGCGUCGUGGUUCGCCUCGACAUCCCGCCCGACCACCACCCGGCAGUCCUCAAGGGCGACGGCCCCGGUGCCACUCUGGGCCGCGACGCGCUCACGGGUCUGUAUGACGCCUACGGCAGGAUCAACGACACCGCAUCCAAGGUUCAGGACAAGGGUCGCCUCGCGCAGGCUGCCCAGCCGUUCGCGGAGCGCGCCGUGCAGCAGGCCGGGCGGGCGGUCACGACACUGCGCAAGCAGGUCGAGCAUCUGGACACCGAGAUCGCGUCCACCCUCAAGCCGACGGUCGAACCCGGCCUCGCCGCGCAGAUCAGGUCGCACUGGUCGCGGAGCGACAAGGCGCUGUCCGGCCUACGCAAGGUCAUCGAGGAAGGCGACACGGCGACGGCCAGCGCCGUGCUCAACGCCCCCGCCUACCUCUCUGGGCUGUCCGACAAGGACCAGGCGAUCCUCCGCCAGAUGGCGGCGCAGAAGUUCGCGCCCGAGAAGGUGGCCCAGCGAGCCGAGACGGCGGACGCCCUCGCGCGUGUCGAGCGUGCGACGGACCACUUCAUGGCGACCAUCGCCGGUCGGCUGCGGGAGUGGCGGGACGAGGACGCCAAGAUCAUCCAGGAGGCGAUCUACGAGGGUCUGCCGCGAGACGAGACCGCCAUCGCCGACCUGAUGCAGACGACCGGAUGCGACCGCGAGCGAGCGGUUGCCGCGCUGGAGACCUACGCCGCUGGCAAGAUCACCGCGCUCCGAGACCAUUGCUGGCCGAUGGCGCUGCGUGACGCGAUCCGCUGGCUGGUGCGCGAGCGCCGCCGCGACCGAGCGAACCUGUCCGCCUUCCGAGCGUUGCUCGCAGCUCCGCAUGACCUUGGUGCCGGGCCGUUGGUCAUGCCCGCGCCCGGUCGGCUGGCGCUGGCCCACUCCGCUGGGCUGGCCGCCGGGCAGGUGACGGUCUCGGUCGGCGCGCGACGGUCGUUCAGCCACCCGGCGCUCGCAGCCGACGAGGUCCAUCGCGGCAUCCACGCCGAGGAGGGGUUCGCCAUCACGCAGACCGGUGGUGGCGUGACCGAGCCGCGCCUUGCCUCCGUCGACUUGGCGCGGUUUCUGUCCGACGCCCGGCGGGCGCGCUGGUCGUGCGGCUCCCCCGGCAUGACACUCGACCAACUCCGGCAGCUCGGCAUCUCGCGCAAGGAGGCCCGCUACCUCGCGGCGCGGGGCGUGGCCGUAUUCGACCCGCCGCUGCCCGACGUGAUCGUCACCGAACCACUCCGUCCGCGAUCACCGCGCCCCAGCCCAAGAAGGCGACGGCCCCGAGGCGGCCCGAGGGUCGAGGAGCGCAGCAAGCCUCGCACCCCGACCGUCGAGCGGGCCUGCAUGACUUGUGGUGGCAUAUUUGCGAGCGAGGGGCCGCACCAUCGCAUGUGCGACCGCUGCCGCCGUCGGGCGGCCGACGUGAGCCCCUUCGAGCCGAACGAAGGGGCUUUGUAG